GGCUGGUUGAGUUACAGUUUCUAGUUGCAGUCCGUUAUCCUCGGCCAGCUUCGGCUUCAUGACCUCAUAAGCUCCGGAGCUGUGGUUCUUAACUUCACUCUCACCUCGAACAGAUACAUCGAUUUCUAAGCCGGGAUAUUAACUGCCCAAUUGAUUGCACCUCGGACUUAACGUGACUUUCAUAAAUAAAGCGCCUUUCCAAAUCAUCUCGAUUGUUUCAAUUGAUAGUCUUCUCCACCCCAUUAGAGGGGUUAUAUUAUGUACAUGUGUUAAUCCCGUUAAUCCAAGCUGCGAUUCAUCUAGGCUCACUCAAAAUGAACACUUUACGGACAUUGAGGCCGUUAGCCUCCCGCUUCCAGCCAUGCACACUUCCCAAGACAAUCCGCCAAUUCUCCGCUACGUCAUCAAAAUCCUAUGAGUACAUCCUAGUAUCCGAGCCCAAACCGGGCGUCGGCCAAGUAACCCUUAACCGACCCAAAGCCCUAAACGCACUCUGCACGCCCCUCAUAACCGAGCUAAACCAAGCCCUCGACGAAUUCAACACCUCGGACUCCGUCUCCGUGAUCCUCCUCACGGGGUCCGAGAAAGCCUUCGCAGCCGGCGCCGACAUAAAGGAAAUGGCGCCGCUGACCUUCUCGGAAGCGUACAAGACGAGCUUCAUCGAGUCCUGGUCGCAGCUCACCUCGCGCGUCAAGAAACCCAUCAUCGCCGCCGUCUCCGGCCACGCCCUCGGCGGCGGCUGCGAGCUCGCCAUGAUGGCCGAUAUCCUGUACUGCACCGAGCAGGCCAACUUCGGACAACCCGAGAUCAAGCUAGGCACGGUCCCCGGCGCCGGUGGGAGCCAGAGACUCACGCGCGCGAUUGGGAAGUCGCGCGCCAUGGAGCUGAUUCUUACGGGGAAGAGCUUCAGUGGCGCGGAUGCGGCGCGCUGGGGGCUGGCGGCGAGGGCGUUCUCGGAUCAUGCGGCGCUGAUGGAGGGCGCGCUGAAGACGGCCGAGACGAUUGCGGGGAAUUCCCGGGUCGCGGUUAUCGCGGCCAAGGAGGUCGUGAAUAAGAGCCAGGACUUGCCGCUCAGGGACGGGGUCGAGUAUGAGAGGAGGGUUUUCCAUAGCUUGUUUGGGAGCAAGGAUCAGAAGGUCGGGAUGCAAGCGUUUGCGGAGAAGAAGAAGCCUGAGUGGACGCAUGAAUAGGCGGAUUCCUUUGCGGUUAGGGUGGUGUGGUGGUGUAUGUCGGACUAAGCUAGUUAGGCAUCUCGUGGGUUGAGUCCGUAUUGAGGUUACUGUAGGUCACGCCGCUUUAGAACAUGCGCCGUAUUACAGCGUAAUCUAAGGAUCUAAGUCAGAUCACAUCGGCCGAGUUAAUUAUUAGGCACCAACGCAAUUUUGGUUUCAGAUCUCUAGACAAUCUAGAUUGGUCCUUUUUGCUGUA